AUGAAAUUCAUUGUAUCUUUAUUAGUUGCUGUAUUAUUAUUUGUUGGUAUUACAAAUGCUGCAAGCUGUUCAUCAAAUAGAAAUGCAUUUUAUUGUGCAUUAAAUUCUCCACCAUGCUUUUGGAAAGCUUUAGGUCAUAAUAAAUUUGCUUGUGUUACAAUUAGAAGAGAAUCAGCUCUUGAUGCAAUUGAAAAUGCAGUUGAAGUAACUGAAGAAUACCAAGGUAAUAGUGUUUGUUCUUAUCUUUCCGAAUCAAUUUGUAAUGAAAGUUCACAAUAUGGUUGUCAAUGGGAAAAUGAAUCAUGUAAUAAAGUUGAAGGUGAACAAGAAAGUUUAAAGAAGUUUUGUGAAUCAAUUAAAGGUAAAUUAAGUUGUGUUUUAUCAAAUUGCCAAUGGAGUGACAAUCAUUGUCAUUAUUAA